UCUUCUCUCCUUGUCGCACCAGCACCACGAGUAAAUAAAACAACACAGCCUGUCAUGGCUGAACCCAGUUGUACGUGGAAGUGUUGUGAUGCAGAAAAAGAAGAUGGUAUUGUUGUCUUACAGUUCUCCAAUGGUCACGUAAAAACUACAGACAACCUGGACUUCAAAUACUACAAGAAUGUCCUUGCUAGUAACCCAAGAAAAAGGAACCGGCGUGUCCUGGUGGCGGAGUCAGAGAGGCUCUCAUAUGUUGGACAGAAUUUCGGCACAGGAUCCUUACGAUGCAACAACUUGUGCAAGUACUAUGUAGGAGUUCUAGAUAAGACAACCAUGGAGAUGGAAGUACAUAAUACCCAACUGUUCAACAUGCAGCCUCUCAUUCCAGGAGAAUCUAAGCCAGUUGAUGACACGGACUCCCCCAAAUCUUACAGGCAGAAGGUCGAUUCCUUAAUCGAGGCAUUUGGAACAAACAAACAAAAGCGUGCUUUGAGCUCCCGUCGUAACAACCAGGUGGCUGAUGAUUCCCUGCAGAAAGCUGUGGCUCAGGCAGCCAGCAACAUCAUUGAUCAGAAGGGCUUAAAAGUGCUUCAACAGGAGGUGGUCGAUUCAGAGGGCCUAACUGAUACAGGGUUGUACCUUCCUGCGUGCAACCCAGAGGCAGACUCAGAAGAGGAUGUAUAUCCAUUCAAUGAGUUGAUAUCUGAUGCAGAAUAUGCAGCGCUUGAGUCCGUUGGAAAGAAAAUGGCUGAGUUGACCUCAGAGGAAAUCGUUAAGAUGAGAGAGCAAGGCUGUUCCCAGACAGUGAUGAAACAUUUGGAAUCACUGCCAGCCAAUCCUGAGGCCCGUGACAGACAGGCAAGAUGUCUGUGGUAUCUCUCUCUACUGAUCAAACUGGGACAUCAGAAAGUCAUCUCUCGUAAAUUUGGCUCUGAGGAUGACUGCCCGAAGAUCAUCUUCAAUAAAGUAUUGAAGACCUUUACUGUGGAAAGUUUCAACCAUGGAAGGGUGAAAAACGUAUUGGCUUCCUCCAUGCGGGUAAAACUGGCCUCAUACUGCCUAGCUUUGCUUCUGCACAUAAAUCAUCAGACAGCCAAUCUCACACUGCUGCAUCAGGACCUGGGACUGCAUGAAAACAGGAUGGUUGAAGUGGCAAAGUCAAUGGGGCUAAAACUGGGUAAAAUGCCAUCAGACGAUGCAGAAGAACAAAGGAUUGCAACCCUACAACUUCCUCUUGUGAAAUACGAACGUUUCACUCAGACUAAGAAACGCAAAAAACUCAGAUAAUUGCUGGAUUCUGUGGUCAGGUUUCAUUGUAAGGGAAGAUGUCCACAUUAUUUUGUGAUCAAUGGUUAUUCCAAUCUAAGAUUCAUGUACUUGAUUUUCAUUUCAUGGUGAACGUCUGGUUUAUUAGUUCAUAUAGAAAUCUGAAGCUUAAAUGUAGACUUUUCACUUAGUUGAGAGAUAGGCUUAUGAAUGGAAUGAGCUGUUUACAACUUGGACGAAUGCGUUAUAAUAAAUCUUUGGUAUCACA